AUGAGGGACGAGAUUUUGAGCCAGCAAAGCUAUGACAUUGUGUUCGAUCGAUGUCGAUCGGAAAUUGUCAAAGGAGAGACCAAGCAUCUCAUUGUCCUACUCGGCGUGCCAAUCGCAUAUCCAAGACUCAACUUCCUGGAGAACAUCUUGACGUCAAGGGUUAUGGACCCGAUCAAGGCAAUUGGCCGGACUGGUCUCUUGGGUGGCUUUGUCAACAAGUUUGACGGCGGUGUUGAGAUUCUGGAUGACCUUGAUGACCAUUGGACUGCUAAGCAUCACAAACUGGAAAGAAACUGGUUCAUUCAAGAGCUUCAAGAGCUUGCCGCCGACAAGUCUGUACGAAUCACCAUCCUUGGAGGAGACGUACAUCUGGGUGCAGUAGGACAAUUUUACACAAAGAAGAAGCUGGGUGUUCCUAAAGACAGAGACCAUCGUUACAUGCCCAAUGUUGUGUCUUCUGCGAUUGUCAACACGCCUCCGCCAAAUAUCAUGGGUGAUGUGCUUAACAAGCGCAACAAAGUUCAUCACCUGGAUGCAGAGACAGAUGAGGAUAUGAUACCUAUGUUCGAGCAGGACGUCAAUGGUAAGGCUCGAAACAAUCUUCAUCUNUUGCCUAGGCGAAACUUCUGCAGCAUCAGAGAGUAUAUACCAGGGUACACUCCGCCUCCUUCUCCAGGCCCGGAACAGCUGCCUGUACAUCCGCAAGACUAUCCAUCUGAUAACCGUCAAUACCCACCCGGUUCAAUGGCAAGAUCCACUUCGGCCAAUCGCGGAGGGUUUCGUCCUGGCAAUCUGGUGCGAAGACUCUCUGGUGCGUCAGCAAAAGAAAGGCAGCCGGCUGUCGCAAAAGGUGAAAUUCGCUCGAUGGAAGCCUAUGGACCAAAUGAAGCAAGAGGUGGUGCUCCAACACGCAGCAACGAUGAUGGUGGGUCGUACUUUCCUCAAGCACACUCUAGGCCGACCAACCAUUUCCACAGGAGACCUACAGAUCUCUCAGAGAAAGAUGCUCUCAAAGCAAGUGCNAAAGGUGGACCAGAAGGCGAGCAAUUCGGACAUAUCAACCUUGAGAGCGGCUUGGAUAUCUGCCUCAACAUGGAGGUUGAUCANAAAGAUCCUGCAGGUGUUACCAGGCCGUACAGAUUGUUGGUGCCUGCGUUGUGGUAUGAAGGUGAUUCCGACAUAAACACCGCCAGAUUUAAGUCAAGAGGGGCUUCCAUGAUAGAUCGCAUAAGAGGCAAAUCAGUUCACAGACCAGCCAGCUCCGAAGAGUACUCCUCUGAGAGCGAUGGUAGCCGAAGUAGCUCAGACAGCCUUGACGGACCAGCUCCCAGAAGACUAGAUGAUAGAGCACUCAACUCGAGACUGCAGACAAGUGAGCGUCACCCGGCCGCCAAUAACAGAAGCAGACAAGGCUACACUUAUAGUCAUGAUGGACCUUCUGACACACACGGACUCAACAAGGAGAUUGGACCACCUCUUUCUCGUCACCGCCACCCUGCCUUGGCCGGCACAGAGAACGAUAAGGCUCACGAGGCCUCACUCCAACCUCCGAUUGAACCUCAUCCUUCGGAGCUCCCAACUCGUGAGAAACGCUCCUGGAACCCUUUUGGACGUCGACAGCAGCAUGGACCCGAUAUCAACGACCAGAGAUCUGACGAUGACUACACAGAUACAGAAGGAAGUUUUGUUGAGUCAGAAUUGGAUGAUGAUCACUAUCGGCAGCAGCCACGAGGCCGCAGACCAAGCAUUGCGGAUCGAAUCUUUGGUAGAAGUGGUACACAAGGACACGAGGAUAGAUUGAACGUCGAAAAGCAGCCUCUUGGACAGCAGGAUGUCGCGAAAAAGCCAGGAUGGAAGAUUUGGAAAUAA